ACCUAACUAGCAAUAACAAUAAUCCUACAAAUUCCUGCAACUCUUUAAUUCUCUUACAAAAAAAAAGCAAAAAAAUUAAAAAUUAAAAAUUAAAAAUUAAAAAUUAAAAAAAAAUGAAGGGAGGGAAACGCACCCCUGUACAGGCGGUAAAUCUAUGGGUUCGCCGGCAACCACCGAAGAUGAAGGCGUUUCUGGCGGUGGUUACCGGUAUGGCCGCCAUACUUUUCCUUCGUAUGGUGGUUAAGGAUCACGACAACCUCUUUGUCGCGGCGGAAGCCGUUCACGCCAUUGGUAUUGCCGUCCUUAUUUAUAAACUUACCAAGGAGAAAACUUGCGCUGGGCUGUCACUCAAAACUCAAGAACUUACGGCUAUUUUUUUAGCUGUUAGGCUGUAUUGUAGUUUCGUGAUGGAAUACGAUAUUCACACAUUACUAGAUACAGCUACGUUGGCGACAACCCUCUGGGUUAUUUAUAUGAUUCGGUUUAGACUGAAGUCCACUUAUAUGGAAGAAAAGGACAACUUUGCUAUUUAUUAUGUGGUGGUACCUUGUGCUGUAUUGUCUCUGGUUGUUCAUCCUACCACCGUCCAUAACAUUGUCAAUAGAAUUAGCUGGGCGUUUUGUGUUUAUCUGGAGGCUGUUUCAGUGCUACCUCAGCUACGAGUUAUGCAGAACACAAAGAUUGUUGAACCAUUCACGGCUCAUUAUGUUUUUGCCCUUGGGGUGGCGAGAUUUUUAAGUUGCGCGCAUUGGGUUCUUCAGGUCUUUGAUACGCAUGGUCGCUUGCUCACAGCUUUAGGCUAUGGUUUAUGGCCUUCAAUGGUGCUGUUUUCUGAAGUCGUUCAAACUUUCAUUUUAGCAGAUUUCUGCUAUUACUACGUGAAGAGCCUUGUUGGUGGACAGCUUGUGCUGCGCCUUCCCUCAGGAGUGGUAUAAAAUAAUGAUAAUGUUAAUGUAUGCAGUAUCAGAAUGAUAAAGCCUUGUUAGCUUAAAGAACCCUAAGGCGUUAAAUUCGCCUUUUUGGUGUGAAAUUCCUGUACAAACAACUUUGUCAUUUCCCGCAGCUACAUGUGAAUCACCGAGGAUGUCCCAACCUGGGAUGCAGCUGUUCUGGGAAAUACGUGUCAAGUCAACCGAACUUUUGUACUUUCAAGUAGACAUUCGGCUUGUGUUGCAUUUAGUUUUAAGUUAUAAAGUUUUUAGCUUUCCUUUUUCGGUUGUCUCCAAAACAUUUUAGCAGGUUCUUAAUGAUGCAACCAUUUUCAAAAA